AUGGAAAAAUGGGCUGAGCUGAUUGACAACGAUGGUGGUGGUGGUGGUGGAGGUGGUGAAGGGGGAAAUUCUCAGGGGAACAUUUGGUUCGAUUUUGAUCUCGAUUUCCCGAACGAAAAAUACCGUAUUGAUCCGUGUAAAGAGAGGUUGAGGGGUUUGUUCGAUCAAUUGCUCGUUGCCUUUUUGAAUGAAAAAUCCGCGAGCGAUUGCGUUAGGCCUAUCCCGGCUUUGUGCAGGGAUGGCCAGCCGGUCGACUUGCUUAAACUCUUUUGGGUGGUGAGGAAAAUCGGCGGGCAUGAAGAGGUGUCGAGAAAUAAUUUGUGGGGUUUCGUAUCGAAAGAAUGUGGAUUAGGUAUUGGGGUGGUUCAAAUUCAAUCCGUUAAGUUGAUUCACGAUAAGUAUUUGAACGAGCUGGAUCAAUGGCUACAUAGAGUUGUUAGCAAGGGAGAUGUGGAGAGUGAAAAUGGUGGAGUUGUUAAAAAAUUGGAUUUGUUGUCCCGUGAGUUGGAAGCUAGCUUUGGGAAUUUGUUGGACAACAGGCAGAAAGAGGAAAGUACUAAGUUUUUUCAAGACGUUAAUGAAAACGAGACGCUUAUCUCUACAAAUGGAAGAAUUAGUGAAAUAUUAUGCAGUGGUAAUAAUGGUCGCUCUACUGAACAUGUCGUUCAUGAAUUACAAGAUGUGAAAAUCGAUAUAGACAAAGGCAUUAACGGUUUUGAUUCACCAGCUAAGAGGGUGGUGGUAAAGAAGUCUGUAACAAAGAGGGUGGUAAAAAAAUCCUCAGACAACACUGUGAAUGGAGCAAAAGCAAAUGGCUUUUCUAAAGUACAAGAUAAUGAUUGCAGUGGGAGGUCUUGCAAUGAAGAUGAAGCUAACUUCAAGAAAAAAGUUUUUAAUAAAGUUAUUAACAAGGUUCUUAAUAGUGAAAGGACUAUUUCUGAUGUAACUAUUAAGAACAACAGUGAUGUUCGACUUUCAGCCAAGAAAGUUGUUGGCGGUGUUCCUAGUAAAGCACGCGAUCUUUCAGAGAAGAUUAUUGAUUAUAAAGAGAAGGUCGAAGUUGAACGGGACAUUGAUAAUGUGAUUCCAUCCAGAAGUGAUAAUGGGAAUUCGUCGAAUUUUCGGAAGAGGAAACGAGAGCCUCGGCCGUUUUUAGAAAUGCUAAACUGGCUGACCCGUGUUGCGAAAAGUCCGCAUGAUUCUCCAAUGGGGAACAUUCCAGAACGUUCCAAGUGUAUUGACUGUGGGAAUGAGGAGUUAUGGGUUCAAGCUGUGUCAGCUCGGGAAGCUUUGCUGAUAAAAAGGCAUGCUGAUACGAAUGCAGAUGAUAGUCUUGUAAAGGAUAAGCAAAAGGCAAGGAUGCAUCCUUCAAUGUACCAGGAUGACUUUCUUGAUCACCAAACCCCAUACAAAUUAAAAUCGAGCGACAGAGCAUCUAAUUCGCCGAAAUCCCAUUUAUGCCAUUGCUGCAAUUCAAACACUGCUCGGAACAAAACCAUCGAUCAACAGGAGGCAAACAAGGUAAGUAGUAGCCCAAAAGCACCCGUGAAAUUAGUUCUCACAGAUGCGGAAAAACAAUCCAAAAUAUCAAACGGUAAAAAUUCUUCCUUGGAAGUUUCGGUUGAGAAGAAAGUUUCUGUGGGCCCUCUCCAUCAAGCCGUAGUCCCUGAAUGGACUGGUGUAAUUUCUGAGAGCGACUCCAAGUGGCUCGGUACAAGAAUGUGGGCCCCAACAGAUUGUGAAAAAAAGUCUAUGCUUGAUAAGAUGGAUUCUAUUGGGAAAGGAAGGUCUCAUUCUUGCGAUUGCGUUUUUCCGAAUUCUGUCGAGUGCAUUAGGUUUCAUGUUGCUGAAGAAAGGCUUAAACUAAAACGUGAACUUGGUGUAAUAUUUUACCGUUGGCGAUUUGAUCGAAUGGGUGAAGAGGUUUCGCUUUCUUGGACAGAAGAUGAGGAGAAGAUAUUCAAGGACAUGAUGAGAUCGUACGCUGCUUUUCCGAAUAAGUUUUGGAACAAUUCUUUUCGGUUCUUGCCUUCUAAAACAAGGGAAAAAUUGGUGAGUUAUUACUUCAAUGUUUUCCUUGUCAACAAGAGAAGCUACCAGAAUCGAGUAACACCGAAAGAUGUCGAUAGUGAUGAUGACGAAAAGGAGUUUGGGUCGGUGGGUGGUUCUUUCGGAUAUAAAGCACUUUACGUGCAUGGUACGAGUUCAGUUUCAUGCACCCUUAAUCAGGAGUCAUCAUACAAACUCGUGUAG